GCGGCCAUCAUCGAGAUGUACAAGGCUCAGGGCAUCCCGAUUCCUACGACGUUCAUGACUGCAGCAGCGGAGACACCCUACGUUGCGCCCGAUCAUUUCGCCCCGACCCAGAUCAAUCCCACUCAGGAGCAGCUCCGAAGUCCUCAGAGCUACAUCGACCACAAUGGCAAGAUGUGCUUCAAGGGCAAAG